AUGAGCAAGAGAGACCGGCUUCAGGAGGAGCUCCGUCAUAUUGAGAAGCAGGUACGAGCUUCGUUCUGCGUUUCUUUCUCCCCGACUUUUCGGCCAAAAAUCGUUGCACGCGUGAGGAGGAGAGGAGCGGCGAUGGGCAGCUACUAAGAAUCAUCCUCGUCCCACGUGUGCUUUCAUUCGAUUCCCUAAUGCUUACUUUUACCUCGUACUUUGUACAGAGAGUGCCCUGGAAUGUUCUUAUCUUGGGUUGCUAUCCUUGCCAAUUGAGACAAUUUUAGGAAACUCUGAACAUUAAAGAGUGUACCUUCCCUCAUCCGCUAUUUUCUUCCGCCUUGUGGGUCAUGGGUCGAAAAAUGGGAAGCGGGAACUAGACCGGCUCCCUCUCUCUCUCUCUCUCUCUCUCUCUCUCUCUCUCUCUCUCUCUCUCUCUCUCUCGCUAUAUAUAUAUGUUUAUAUCUGUAUGUUGGUCUAUUAAAAAUCAGCAGCCUGUUAAGUCGUGGGGUUCAAGGAAGAGAUCUUACUAUGGUUAUAUAUAUACUCGAUCUUCUACGUUCAGCUUAAUGAACUUGGUUUUUUUUUUUUUCUUGGUAAACAGAACGGUUCAUUCUUUUGAUUACACAGCAUACACACUUCGUUUAUGCAAGCACACAAACUAGUAUGGUAUCUUCUGAUGUAUGAUAUUCUGUGGAAGGUUUAUGACUUGGAAACUAGUUACCUACAAGAUUCGAACCAAUGUGGGAAUGUCUUGAAAGGGUUUGAAGGAUUUCUAUCAUCUUCCAAGAGCACUGCGAAGUAUGUCACUUGAACCCUGGCAUUUUCUUAUCCAGAAUUCUUUGUUUUCCACCUUACAAGAGAGGGAGGGGGAAGACUCACUCUUGUCUUUAUAUACAACCAAAGCUGUUGAAUUCGGAUGGGUAUCAUGAUUAUUGAUUCCGUGGGCGUAUCUAUAUGGAACGGCGGUUGAAGGAUCAAUGUAUCUUUCCGAUUUCUAAGUUCAACAGUGGUAGGGUUCUUAAUAUUUUUAUUUCUUUCUCCAAGGUUUAAUGACUAUAGGCUCUUUGGGUUCCCAAACAACAUACAUACUGUUGAAGUUCAUACAAAUGAAGUUCUGAGAUUCUACUUGACAUUAUUUAAACACGUUGUGGACAUCAUGCCCGUUGUUUUUUGAUGAAAUAGAUGUCCUUUGCUCGUUCUUUUCCCAUGUUAUCUUCCAUCCCCUCCCUCGCCUCUUUUUGUUCUUCCCUUCCACCACUUUCCAUUUGCUUACUUUUUCUUGCCUGUUUCAUCUAAAGGGUUGCAUCACCUUGGUGAAUGAAAAUCAGUGAAUGUUUUCGGAGUGCCAUUGCUGUUAAGGGUUUUACCGAGAUUAAUAAUAAAAUGGUGAUUGUCUACGUGCUGUAACUAUCAGAAGUGGGGUAUGAUAUGUUUGGUGUGAGGAUAAGUGGUGCCUUGAAUCGAAGUGGCUUUUCCUCAGUUGCUUUUGAGGUGGGGUAUCUGAUUUCUCAGUUGCUUUUUCAGCUAUCAAGUCAGUGAGGGUAAGCAACAUUGUUCUUUGUUUGAGAAAGAAUUCGGUGUUAUUAUUCUAGGUUUCCAUCAUCAGGGCUAUUACAAACCACAGAAUUUUACCCUCUAUUCUGAUCACCGAGCCUCAUGAUACUUUAAUUCACUAAAAAAACUUAGUCCCCAUCAUGUGAAAUGAGUUAAAUUCCUCUAGGAGAACUCACUUGUCCUCAACCACCAGGUCAAGGUCGAUAAGAAGCCUACUUAUGCUCGUUGACAAUUCUACUAUCUCCUGAAGAUGUUGAGCAUGCAAAUCCCAAAGUUGAGUGAUUGACCGACAAAUACCUAUCUUGCGUUGACUUUGGAUCCAUCCAUAAACUCCACCAUCAUGGAAUGAGGACAUCUCAGCUUGGACUUCAUUCUUGGCCUUGCCACCAUGAUGACGAUGGAGCUCUUCUCUAAAAUGUGAAAAUCUCUGCUCUCCUCCCUUGUUGCCAAACUCUGCUUUGGCGAUAUAUUUCAUUUUAAUGGGCUACUUGUGUCCGUUGUUUGUGAUUUUGAUUCUGCUACUGGUUCGAUAUUUCCAGAAUUUUUUUGGUACCUAUUAUUUCUUUUGUUUUCCAUCUUAGGCAGGAUCAUUCCUUGAUGUCUUAUCUGUGCCAACCAAGAGAAUGGAGCUUGAUUUAACUUGUAAUAUUCCAUUAAUUGAACUAUUAGUGGCAUCUCCAACCAUCCAUGGCGCCCUUCCUUGCUUGUUCCUUGACCUCACUCCAAAUACCUGGGAUGCUCAUCCACCCGUGUCUGGCCAAUCUGCUUACUAGAAACUUUUUUAACUUUGUUUACUAGAAAUUUGAUGUUCCAUUGAGCAGCAUAAUAAUAUCCAUGUGAUCACUCUAUAACUACCCUGAAUGCAACAUGAGUUCAAUGAAUGUGACUUUGUAUUGACUCGUGCAUUUCAUGAAUCGUACCCUGAACACCCCUGGAAACUCUAUACCUGAGCCACCGGUACCUUCCAUAUCAUCCACAAACUGCAAUUGAAUGUCUACGUAUUAGUUUUGCCAUCUGAUGUGCAUAUUAACCGUGUUUUCAAUAGUGAGGAUAUGUUGAAUGAUAAUUGGAGCUCCCUCUUUGAGGCCUCCCUCUUUCAGUAACUUGAUGUAUCUUUAAUAACAGCGUCUUUGAUUGGUGUCUUUGUCUCUGCAAGGUUUGAUGGCUGUUGGUUCUUUACAUGACUAAAAAACUGCUGACUUUUGUUAAGAAGGACCAACUUUGAAUUUCACUUUGAACCCAUUUAAGCACCAUGAACCAGUUGGGGCAGAAGCAGUUUUUGAUGAAAUGUGAUUACUUCAGUGGCUCUUCUCCCUCUUCCUCUUGCCUUGGAGGAAUAGUAGCACUGAUUUUUGAGGACUUUACUGUAACAGCGUUGCUUCACCUUCUCGUGCUGAUGAGGCAUCUGAGGAUGCUUUUCAAUGGCAUUGAUUGUUUCUACCCCCUUUUUGCUCUUCGUCUUGGUACAACCCGUGGACUGCAAUCUAUUGCCCAUAUAUCACUCCAAUCUUCCUUGCUUCUAGUUUUAUUUGACAAGAUGGAUCUGAUCCUAAGUGACGAAGACCCUUUUCCUAGUGAAAUAAUGGGCUUGUUUUGAAAAAAAAUAGUGAAGUUGUGCUCCUUAUCUGGGUCAGUUUUGUUGAUGGUAUUUUAUCCAACGUUUUGGGAUUCGUGCAGCCACCUGCACAAACCCUCUGAGAAUGCGUGUCGACCUUAUCUGAAGGAAGAUAUAUCUCAAAGUAUCCCGGGACAAGUUUGCGGGAUAUUGGGGCACAUAUUAACAAUACUACAUUGUUUUUGAACUUCGGCUUAAUACUAUGAAGUGUAGAGUGAGGCACAUAUGAACCAGACGAUUUCUUUCAGGGAAUAAUAAAAUUGAGGAUCCAAAGUUUGCAGAGAUGGAGACUGUCAGAUGAUCGGUUUGAUCAUGUUUGACUGCGAUUCCUCUCCCUUCGGGAUAUUUUUUUUUUUUGUUUUUGCAAGAAUGCUUUGUCUCCAUUAGCACGCUCAGACCAAAGCAUUAAUCAGUGUCUGACUUGUAGCUCGCUGGACGCUGGCUCAUUUAGCUCUAACUCGUGUGAACUCUAAGGUAUUCAGGCAACGCUUUCUAUUAACGCGAGUUUCGAGGUUGUAGUUACUCUUCAUGGGAAUAUCAGGAUUUCUCGUUCGAUUCCUGCUACCCAGUCUGCGCACACCCAGUGGUAACAAAACAAAACAGCCCGUCUUUGAUCUGGGUUCUUAUCAAAAACUCAGGAUACACAGAAGGGCAGAUAAUUUCCCCUUGUGAAAUUUUCCCUCAUUCAGGAUUAGACAGAGAUGAGAGUUGGUGUUCUAGUGAAAAGCUUUUUAGUGUGGGAAUAAGCUUCCGAAGCACCCAGCUCAUCGAUUUUUUUAUCAUGCGGCAUUCUCGGUUGAUGGCUCUGAACUGGUCCUAUUCCUUGUUCCUCAGUGCUUUCAGUACGCCGAUUUAUGUUAUUAUUUGCUCACUACAUUUUUGUCAAUCUGACGUUGUGUUGACUUUUCUGCCUCUUCAGCCUGAAACGUUCCAGGAAGUUUCAGCCCGAAGACAGACUGUUUUCAUUGUCAUCUGUGACUUCACCUGCAGUAUGCGACUCAACCUUUUCCUCGUUAUUGAUCUAAAUGAGCCUAAAACUAAGCAGAUUUGCGUUUAUAACGCUAAAUUUUGUGAUUUAGUUAGUUGGUUCGAUGUGCCCAGCAUGGUAGUAAACUCAGUAGCAUCAUGAGAAAUUAACAGCCUUUUAUUCCCUUGCGCUCUCAUGCGUUUUGUACUAUAAAUCACAGCAUCUACUUGCUCUUCUUUCGCUGCCCGUAGGCUUGAUGUGGGGAGGGGGGGAUUCCAAAGUUUUUUUUUUUAAUAACAAAAAAUAAAAAGAAAAAGCUGUUUCUUGAUGUAUUUUGUGGAAGUUAAGUGGUAUGUAUGAUCUUCUGGGUUUUUGAGAGUAGAAAGAGGACCUGGUUUUGCUCUAGAAAUCUUAUGAAAUGUCUGUUCGAUUUCAGGUCGAGGAGCAUAUAAUUGGACGCGAUGGUAAGUUAAAACUUACCAGAUGUGGUUAUCCUGGAGCAUGAAAUCAGCCACCGAUGCGAGCAAAGUUCUUACCUUCCCUUUCUGGGUGUUCUUCUUCCUCCCCUCCCCGCCUGUCCUUCAGAUGGAAGAUCGGAGUAUGGCCCAGGACGGUCCAAAGGAGGAGGCACCCCUGCUAAUGGGCAGUCAGUAGAGAUGACAUCUUUUUUCCGACAAUUCAGAAAAUGAUUAAAAUAAUAGAAAUAAUUAUUUGUAUAAUUAAUACUAAUGAUUUCAGUGGGUCUUAUUCGAAAGUUGGUUUUUUUUAUGGUUUUUUUGUUUGUUUGUUUUUUUUUUUUUUUUUGAGUUUCAGAGGGAAGCCUAAGAAGGGUGGGCGCUCAGCACAACGAGAGGCGAAGAGGGUCCGACCAAGUGAACUUGAGCUGGAGGACGACGACGAUCCCGACCUCAGCCUGCGAUAG